ACCAAAAGUUAGCCUUUUUUUUGUUGUUGAAGGAAACUAAAAGUUAGCCAUUUGUUAUGCUUUUCGACAUUUACUAUCUUUUAUUAUUUAUUGUCCCCUCCUUCCAUCUCUGAAAACAAGAACCCCUUGAAAAUUUCUUCACCAUAUCUCUAUCCAAUGGAUUCAAGCUCUAACGAAGUAGUCCUUGAUCUCUCACCCAUGAUUAAAAUCUACAAAGACGGUCACAUAGAAAGACUCAUAGGAUCCGACAUCGUACCUCCAUCUUUUGAUCCAACAACAAACGUAGAAUCCAAAGACAUUCUCAUCUCAAAAGACCAAAACAUAUCAGCCAGAAUCUUCAUUCCCAAACUCAACAACGAUCAAUUUCCAAACCAAAAACUCCCUCUCCUUGUUUACUUCCAUGGUGGUGGUUUCUGCGUAGAAACACCUUUCUCACCACCAUACCACAAUUUCCUCAACACCAUCGUUUCAAAAGCUAAUGUUAUUGCUGUUUCAGUUGAUUACAGAAGAGCCCCAGAACACCCUCUUCCUAUAGCAUACGAAGAUUCAUGGACUUCCCUCAAAUGGGUCGUUUCUCAUUUGCAUGGAAAUGGUUCUGAUGAAUGGAUCAACCGUUAUGCAGAUUUUGGAAAAAUGUUCUUUGCAGGAGACAGUGCUGGUGCAAACAUUGCAAAUCACAUGGCUAUUCGUGUUGGAACUCAAGGGCUUCAAGGGAUUAACCUUGAAGGGAUUGUUUUGGUUCAUACAUUCUUUUGGGGUGUUGAAAGGGUUGGAUCUGAGGCUACUGAGAAAUCUGAACACUUAUCUUUGGCUGAUAAUUUAUGGAGGUUUGUUUGUCCAACAAGUUCGGGAUCCGAUGACCCGUUUUUGAAUCCGGGUAAGGAUAAGAAUUUGGGGAGGUUGGGUUGUAAGAGAGUUUUGGUUUGUGUUGCUGAGAAUGAUUCGUUGAAGGAUAGAGGUUGGUAUUAUAAGGAGUUGCUUGAGAAAAUUGGUUAUGGUGGUGUUGUGGAAGUGAUUGAGACAAAAGGUGAAGGACAUGUUUUUCAUCUCUUUAAUCCAAAUUGCGAUAACGCUAUUUCUUUGCUCAAUCAAAUUGCUUCCUUUAUUAAUCAUAGUGGUUAACCUUAAGCAUGCUGUUAUGCAUUGCUAAAUGCUAAUUACUAUUAUGAAUUUAUGAUUAUGAAUAAUGUAAUGUAACUCUCGUGCAUUUGUGGAAUACCUGUUUUCUUGGUCUACA